UAAAUAAUUUUCUCCUUCCGCCAAAGCAAGGAUACGCCAAAAGAGCGAUAACUGUUUGACCUUGGCAUACCUAACAAAUAACCCUCGAUUAGGGAACAGAAUAAAAGGUAUAUAUAUACCUGUGGGAAAGACAAUAUUGACCUCCAUCUACAAAAGAUACACCUUCUAAUUACAUUUGUGUCAAGUAGUUCGAACAGAUUGCGUAUAACUUCGAAAUAAUGGCAUCACUAACAGCUCUACUCAUUUUCAGUACAAUCAGUGUUGUAUUUGCAAGUACUAAUUUUCCACGAGAUUCGCCAAACCAGGAUCAAGCACCGCCAUGCCUCCAGAAAGUGACACAGGGUCUCUGUUUGGCUUACUUCGAAAGGUUCUUUUACAACGCUACAGCCAAGACUUGCCAAGAGUUUGUGUAUGGGGGAUGCCAAGGAAAUCAAAACAAUUUCCCAACCUUCGAUGCCUGCAUGACAACUUGUAAAGACACUAAAAACGAAGGAGAGGAGGCAGAAGCAGCUGAAAGCGCAGCAGUUGAGAAUACAUGCAGUCUUCCAAAGCAACCUGGCAUCUGCUACGCUCAUUUCGAACGUUUUUAUUUCAAUGGAAAAAAAUGCGAAUCUUUCAUCUAUGGAGGGUGCAUGGGGAAUAAGAACAAUUUCGAAACCAUAGAAGAGUGUAAGAAGGCUUGCAUCAAAGAAAAUAACCAAGUUCAGGUGGCGGCAUCUUCGGUUCAGAGUGAUGAAAAACAAAAUCAAGCAUAGUAUACCACCUUGCUGCAAUUUUACAACAUUAAGAUCAAGAAAUCACUGAUUUCAAUUUUUAACGAAUUAUUUAUUUCUUCAUUUUAUCUACUAAGUUAUUAUGUGUGCUUUUUGUUCAUAUUCAUAAUAAAAAUUGUUUUUAUUUUAA